AUGCGGUUAGCAGGUAAGGUUGCCUUUAUUAGCGGCGGCGCCCGGGGCAUGGGGGCCGCCGAAGUCCGGCUAUUUUCCGCCGAAGGGGCCACCGUUGCUUUUGGCGAUGUACUCGAGGAGGAAGGCUCAGCCCUGGCGGCAGAGAUUGCAGAUAAGGGCGGCCAGGCCCUGUUCCUGUCACUGGACGUUACCAGCGCCGCUCAAUGGCAGGCGGUUAUCGAUGCCACGGUCGCCAGAUUUGGCAAGCUCGACAUCCUGGUUAACAACGCCGGCGUUAGCGGAGCGGGCCUGGUGGAGGAUGUUUCCGAAGCAGAGUGGGACCGGGUGAUGGAUAUCAACGCCAAGGGUGUCUUCCUUGGUACAAAGACGGUCCUGCCGGUCCUCCGCCAUAACGGGGGAGGCUCCAUCAUCAACAUCUCCUCGCAGCUGGCGCUGGUGGGCGUGGACAACAGCAGUUCCCAGUACAUGGCAUCCAAGGGCGCGGUGCGCAUCUUUACCAAGGCCACCGCCAUCCAGUAUGCCAAGGACGGCAUCAGGGCCAACUCGGUCCACCCCGGGCCAAUAGCCACUCCCAUGACCGAAGGGGGGCGCACCGACCCUGACCGGUAUAACACGACCAUCUCCCGAAUUCCCCUGGGCAGGUAUGGGGAGCCCGAUGACGUGGCCUACGGCGUCCUUUUCCUGGCCUCCGACGAGUCGUCCUUCAUGACCGGCAGCGAACUGGUAAUUGACGGAGGCUGGACCGCCCAGUAG